UGCGGUCGCAAGUAGAAAGGAUAUGAAGUGAAAUUGAAUCCCCCAUAACAAACGCUAGGGGACCUCCGUUCAAUAAUAUGGAACAUAACUACAUUAGUCCAUUUUUCUACAUUGUAAGGACGGUGCAUUUUCAGUAGGACAUUGUGUUGCUCAUACAGGUCAAGGGGAGCCUCUUUGUUUUAUAUGUGAAUGUGUCCAUCUCGUCUCCUAGUUCCUCUCCUGACUGACAGAUUUCGUCUGUUUGCACAUCUAGAUUCUGGUGUGGAAGGAGCUGGAUUACGGUACCAUGGCGGAGGCGGAGAAGCAGAUGCUGGUGUCUGAGGUGAACCUCCUCCGAGAGCUGAAGCACCCCAACAUCGUCAGAUACUACGACCGCAUCAUAGACCGCACAAACACAACACUGUAUAUAGUGAUGGAGUACUGCGAGGGUGGAGACCUCGCCAGCCUCAUCACCAAAUGCAUUAAAGACAGGAGGUAUCUGGAGGAGGACUUUAUUUUGCGUGUGAUGGCUCAGCUGGCUCUGGCGCUGAAGGAGUGUCACGGCAGGGGUAAUGGAGGCAGCACGGUGCUGCAUCGAGACCUCAAACCUGCAAACAUCUUCCUCGAUGCCAAACAGAAUGUAAAGCUUGGUGAUUUUGGCCUGGCGCGAAUACUCAAACACGAGACGAGCUUUGCUAAGACAUUUGUGGGAACUCCUUAUUACAUGUCCCCAGAACAAAUGAAUCGCAUGUCGUACAAUGAAAAGUCAGACAUCUGGUCAUUAGGAUGUUUGCUGUAUGAACUGUGUGCUUUGUCCCCCCCAUUCACAGCAUACAACCAGAAAGAACUGGCGGAAAAAAUCAAAGAGGGGAAGUUCAGAAGGAUUCCGUAUCGGUACUCGUCAGAGCUGAACACGCUCCUGUCCAGAAUGCUUCAUCUAAAGGACUACCUGCGUCCCUCAGUGGACUCCAUCCUGCAGAGCAGUUUAAUCUCCUCUUAUGUGGCGGCAGAGCAGCGGAAGGCGGAGGUAAGGCAGCGGCGGAGGUCUGACUCUGGGCAGAAUAAACAGCUGGACGCCGUUGCGGCUGAGCUACGGCUGAAGGAGCAGGCACUGCGGGAGCGAGAACGGGCUCUGAAGGAGAGAGAGGAGAGACUGGAGCAAAAGGAGCAGGAGUUGUGCAUCAGAGAGAGACUAUCAGAUGAGAAGCUUGCCAAAGCGGAGAGCCUGAUGAAAUCAUACAACCUGAUGAGGCAGCAGAGGGCGCCACAUCCACUCUAUUCAGAUGUUUUAGGUGAGAAUGAGAACACCUCUCCAGGGAAGAAGAAGGUCCACUUUGCAGGCGACAGCAAGGAGAACCUGCAGCCUGAGCAGAAGCCCACAGUCAAAACCCAGGAUCACCUGUUCAUUAAAAAGCUGCAGGCAGCCAGCACAUGCCUAGGGAACUACCCGCUGAAGAGCAGGCCAUUGCAGGGCAUCCGCUAGUCUCGUCCUGCUGGAGUUCAGGCUGGUGUAUAGUACGCCGCCCACCGUAUCAAAUGACGAAAGGCACUGCACACAACUCUAAAGAUGUUCUCGAGGCCUCCCAAAGCAGCUGCUGUCAUGCUUAUGAGGGUCAUUCCUAAAAUGACACAAGUGCAAAAGCUUGAGUGCCACUGGAGUUAAUGAUAUGCUGGAUUACAGACUAUAGACCAGCCUGUAUGGCCUAAUUGUCUCACACACACUCCUUAAAGGAGAACCCCACCAUUUUUUUAAAUUUCUGCAGAAGUCAAACUGUGAGAUGUAACCAGAGUAAUUCAGAGUGGUUUGGUGUGAAAUCGUUGAUUGUAGAGACUCAGAUUUCUUUACAUUGGUGGUGAUAGAAACCAGGGGUCAC